AUGGUGCCAGAAAGUCUUUGGCCAACCGUCAUUGAGAUGUGGGUUGAAUAUGCAGUUGGCAUAUUGGUCCUCUUUCUCCGCGUCUUCAGCAGAUGCAAAAUGGUGGGUUGGAAAUGGCAAGGGGACGAUUAUCUAGCUAUUGCAGCAAUCAUUUUUUUCACAUUUGAAGUAAUGAUGUGCCAAAUAAUAGUUGAAAAAGGAAGCAUCACCGGAAUGACUGAUGCUAUUGCUCUGACCUUAACACCAGAACAAUACAAAAGUCACGAGACUGGUGCGAAGUGGUUGUUUGCCGCAUGGUACAUAUAUGUCAGCUUGAUCUGGAGUUUGAAAGGCAUCAUGCUAUUCUUCUUUUCCAGAGUAACGAAAACCCUCCCUGAGGAGCGUCUGGUUAAGGUGGCAGCCAUCAUAACAGUCGCUGCGUACCUAGCGACCUUGGCAGUUAUUACAGGCCACUGCCGACCAAUUCACCGUCUAUGGCAGGUGUAUCCUUACGCUGGAGACGAUUGCACCCAAAAUAGGGCAAAGUACUACGCUUUAGUAACGACCAAUGUCAGCACGGAUUUACUGAUCAUGUACAUUCCAAUCCCACUGUUGUGGAGGCUUCAGACAACUCUUAAAAGGAAACUUUCAUUCGGUCUCAUGUUCUGCGCCGGUUUCUUUAUCGUCAUCUGCACGCUGCUGCGAUGCAUUAUCUGCUUGCAUACCCCCGAAAGACUUGAUCUAGGACUGAACUGGUCAAUUCGUGAAACGGUUAUUGGCAUCAUCUGCACGAACGCACCCUCGAUCAAACCCCUCUUCCCUAGUCGCCAUAAAGGAUCAACAAACAGCAACACUCCUACUGGUCUCGUCACAUUUGGUGGAACCGGAUCCAGUCAUAAAAGGUCUCGACUGAGGGAGGACCACGAAAGGAUUCCGGAUGAUGGCUCAGUUGGUAGUCAGGAACAUAUCGUCAAACCAAAGGGAGAAAGCCGGUCUGCCGCGUUUGCGGACAACCGUAGCGAUGAGCGUAGCUUAGAGGACGCUGAACGAUACAACGGCGGAAUCAAGGUUAAAAGUGAGUAUAAGGUCGAGGUGAGGUAA